AUGGAGGGAAGUGAAUGUUGCAUCUUCAGUGGCUACCGGGAGCGGCGGUGGGGUCCUGCUCCCUGGUCCCUCGCUGCCCUGUUUGUCCUGGUGGCCCUCGCGAGCGCCCGCAGCGUCCCCCACUUCGCUCCCCUCUCGCCCGACUUGGUCAACUACAUCAACAAGCUGAACACUACGUGGCAGGCUGGGCACAAUUUCCGCAACGCCGACUUGAGUUACGUGAAGCAGCUGUGUGGCACCUUCCUGCAUGGGCCCAAGCUGCCAGUCAGGGCGGAGUUUGCUGGAGACCUCAACUUGCCGGACAGCUUUGACUCCCGGAAGCAGUGGCCAAAUUGUCCAACCAUCAACGAGAUCCGUGACCAGGGCUCUUGUGGCUCUUGCUGGGCCUUCGGGGCCGUGGAGGCCAUUUCGGACCGAGUCUGCGUGCACACCAACGGCAAGAUGAACGUGGAAAUCUCGGCGGAAGAUCUGCUGUCUUGCUGUGGCUUCGAAUGUGGGAUGGGGGGGAGAAGCCUGUUUGAAAGAGAUUGGCAGGUGGAGGAGCCCUUUGACCGUCUGUCUCACCCCGCAGGCUGCAGACCGUAUUCCAUCCCUCCGUGCGAGCACCACGUCAACGGGUCCCGGCCCCCGUGCACUGGGGAGCAAGGGGACACCCCCAAGUGCGACCAGCACUGUGAAGCAGGCUACUCCCCGUCCUACGAGACUGACAAGCACUUUGGCGCCACCUCGUACAACGUCCCCCGCAGCGAGAAGGAGAUAAUGGCCGAGAUCUACAAGAACGGCCCGGUGGAGGGCGCGUUCUCCGUCUACGAGGACUUCCUCAUGUACAAGUCCGGUAAGCGUGGCAGGGACGUGCCCGGAGGGGCAAGGAGUUGGGGGGGAAGUUCUCCAGGUGGGGUUAUGAGGACGUUUCAGGCUGGUCAUGGGCAAACGUAAUGCGCCACAUCCCCC